CACUCAAUUUGACAGUUAUAACAUGUGCUACAUAAAGUAAACAUAAAUAAAAUUAAAAAAUAUUGAAAACAAUAAGAAAUGGCACGCAAAAAGACUCCUAAAAAGAAGUUGGAAAUUGUCUUUGAUCCUCAAAAAAGAAAGGAAUUUCUCACAGGCUUUCGUAAGAGAAAAAAUGAAAGACGUAAGCGUGCCCAGGAAGAGCUUGAUCGCAAUCUUAAAGAAGAGCGCAAACGUAUACGUCAGGAAAUUAAGGAUGGUGUCCAACAUAUGAAAAAAUCAUUUGAACCACUUAAAGAACUAACCGAUGCCGAUAAGGUCAAUGAGGAUGAAUAUGAGGACGAUGACGUUAAAGUGAAAAUAGUGGAAUUGUCUACAGGUGAUUUGGCUGCUCAAAGCAACAUGUUGGGUGUAAAUCGUGCUCAGGAUUCGGAGGAUAGUGCGGCAGAACAAAAUUCAGACGUCGAGGAUGAUGAUGUUGAAAAUAGUGCUAACCUUAUACCCGGUAUGGACUAUGACAUAAAUUCCAAGCGUAAACGUAAACCUACUGCAAAUGAUGAAUCCGAAGAUGAGGAUAAUGUUAAUAAAAAAUCUUCAAACAAGAAAUCCAAAAUUGCAUUAGAAGAUAUAAAAUCUAAAAAAGAAUUGGACCAUUUUAAGAAAACCAAAACUUUAAAACAGAUAAAAAAGAGCAAAGUAUUUAAAAUGAAAGAGCGCCUGGACAAAAAAGUUAAUCAGAAAAAGGCUCGCAAAGAUCAAAAUAAUACGCUUAAAACUUUGCCAAGACAUUUAAGGAAAAAGAAGAAAUUUGAAAAGAAUCCCUACAGUAAGGGAAGAAAAAUGAAUAAGAAACAAAUUAGAAAGAAAUAUGAAAAUUAAUUAGUAGUUUGUAUUUUAUUUUUUAAUAAAACAUGAAGUUUCAAAAA